UCCUCUAAUCCUCACAGCUUCACCAGAAAAUGAAAAUAAUUUCCUGCUUUGGCACAAGAGAAAUGAAAAAACCAUAGGAAGGUCAUGGCGGACCACCACCGUGCAGGCCCCACGCCGGAAUCUCAAGAAGUCAAGCACAGGCGGCACCAUCACCUCAACGUCGAAGUACCCCCUGUUGCCGCCUCCGGCUGCUUCGCCGGCUGCUUCGGGCCAUCCCCUACCUCCAACUCCACGUCCCACGCGCAUGGUGACCGGCCGGCGUCGCCUUCACUGAUCAAGUCACCGUCGGCCUGGAUCCGGGCGCAUAGCUUCGGCUCGACAAGGCACGGCCGCCGACGAUCCGUGGACCUCCAGUACGACGCCCGCAGCUACGCGCGCAACUUCGACGAGGGCGCAGAGGGAUCAGGCGAAGAUGCGGCCAGGCUCGCCGAGGUAGAUGCGCUCAAAUACGGGGGCUUUUCGUCCAGGCUCCCGGCAUCGCCGCCACCUCUCCCUCCUCCUUCGAGUGGACAUCCACUCCGGUGUCGGACACCACUCGCUCGUCGGAUUUCGACUGAGACUCCAAGUAGUUUAGGCUAG